CAUCAGCGUCAAGUUCCACAGACAAUGCUGCAGCCAGGGAAGCCACAAGUGAUGUCAGAGUUCAGUGCAAUAAUAAUGCAGAGAUAUGUGCCACGUUGACAGAGGCCAGAGAUUCCCUGCUGUCUUGCCUCAGUAACGCCAACAGAACACACUAUGUUGUUUGUAUUCCCAACCUGAGUAAUGCAAUAACAAUUUUAACUGAAUUUAAAGAUGUCCUGAAAUUAAUGAAAGAACAUAAAAGCCAGAGUCCACGCAUGUUUUCAUUCCCAACACUUGCUGAAGCAGAGGCAUUUGCUCACAAACACACAGCAAAUGAAGUUUGUCAGGGAACAUCCGGCAAUUCAAGUUAUCCACAGGAAAAGGCAGAAGUGGAGGUUAGUGAGGGCAAGCAGUUUCCCUCUCUGACAACACCACAGCUGAAUGAAUUCAGAAUAUAUCUGGAAAAGGGCAACAUAAGUGCAGCUAAACAGUGUAUCCUGACUAACCCUCGAUAUCUGGUGCAGAGUAUAGACAUGCCGACAAUUGUCAAGGAAGGAGCACGCUACAAUGCUCUACAUGCAAGUGUGAUAGCCAAUCAACUGGAGUCCUGUCGGCUGGUCAUGGAGACAGUAAGCGAUGUUGAAUACCUGACACGUGCUUAUAAUUCUAGAAAGAGAGCUGAAAGAAGCUCAAAGAGAUUGACUGACUUGUUUCUAAACACUCCAGAUAAAGUGGCCAACAAGACACCUCUGCACUUUGCUAGUGAGAGGGGCUAUUUGGAUAUUGUUGCCUUUCUGGUCAGCUUCAAAGUCUGCAUCAGAAACUUCAACCGACACAUCAUUGAAACAGUCACGCAG